UGGGUUAGAGUAGGGAAGGGAAGGCGUUGGUUUGGUCGCGGGGGGAGCAAGGUGGGGGUAGGCUGGGCGAUUCACUAUUCCGGUGAUUAUUCUGUUCUGCCCUAGGAUCAACCGGGAGUCGGGACGGUUUUGGGCGGGGAUCUGGUCACCUGGGUGCCUCGGGGGCGUGGAGCUGGUGUUUUUAGCCCGCGUGCGGGUGGUACCAGCAGAUACCUGCGUAGUCGUGUUGCUUAGGUGAUUUCAUCUCCGUGUUCAUCUGAUGUGAAAUCCCAGGGAUGUGUUUAUCACCUCUUAACUUUGAAUAUACUAAAGUCUGUGAUCAAGUGAGUUUUCCCGCGAGGAAUUUGUGUUGUAGUCUUGACUUAUUUGUAAGGGAAUAAGCCUAUUGUUUUACUGUGAUGUGUGAUCUGGUACAGUAGGUUGGUGUUGCGAUAGCCAAAUGAUGCUAAGUAGAAGAGGAGUAGGCACUUCCCAUUUUUGUUUGGUUUCACGCCGAACCCUAUUAACCGACAUACUUCUCAAUUCCUACUCUGAUGGUGUUUCUUGCUACUUCACCUGUUUUUGUUCUACUAGGGUUCCUGGUGCCUACUUGGUCUGAAUGGCUGACCUGACCGACAUGGGCUGCUGUAGUUGUUUUGGCUUUUUAAGGAAGCCUAGGGUGUCUGUAAGUCGACCUCGCGACGCUGAUGGCAUCCUAUCUGAAGACUUGUUGAACCAUAAAUCUGCGGAGGAUCCUGAUGGAAGCUUCUACACCGGGGAUGAUCCUGAUAGAAGCUUCUACGACAGGGAUGAUCUCGAUAGAAGCUUCUACAAUGGCGAUGACCCUGACAGAAGCUUCUAUGAUGGAGAUGAUCCUGAUCAUCUUUAUGGAAGUGAUGAUGGGCAGCCAAGGAAGAGAUCUGAAGAUAUUAUACUGUCAAGGGCUCAGAAUGGCUUUGCAUGUAGAGAAAGCCUAGUUAAGGAGACUAAAAAAGUAUUUCGCUCAGAGGAUGAAAAUGGCAGCAAGAUGGUCAACCAAUAUGUCCACCUGGGGAAGAUUGGUUCUGGAAGCUAUGGCAAAGUGGUCUUAUACCGAAGCAUGAAAGAUGGAAAGCUUUACGCAGUGAAGGUUUUGAAUAAAUCUUACAUGAUGAAAGUACGUGUUGUGCGAUCAGAAACUGCCAUGACAGAUGUUCUUCGGGAAGUAUCCAUCAUGAAAAUGUUGGAUCAUCCUAAUAUAGUAAAUCUCAUUGAAGUGAUUGAUGACCCAAAUGCAGAUAAAUUCUACAUGGUUCUUGAGUAUGUUGAAGGAAAAAUGGUCUGUGACAAUGGUUUAGGAGAAGCUACCUCCAGAAAUUACUUGCGCGACAUAAUCUCUGGUGUUAUGUAUCUUCAUUCUCAUAAUAUUAUUCAUGGUGAUAUCAAACCAGACAAUUUGUUGGUCACAAGCACUGGCAGUGUGAAGAUAGGGGAUUUCAGUGUUAGUCAGAUUUUUGAGGAUGAUGAUGAUCUGCUUUGGAGGUCUCCAGGUACUCCUGUUUUCACUGCACCAGAAUGCUGUCAAGGUUCAGCCUACCAUGGUCGGGCAGCUGAUACAUGGGCAGUUGGCGUUACUCUGUAUUGUAUGAUUACUGGUCACUAUCCAUUUCUAGGAGAUACCUUACAGGAAACUUAUGAUAAGAUUGUCAAUGAUCCGGUGCAAAUACCUGACAACAUGAACCCCCAACUUGCUGAUUUGCUGGAAAGGCUUCUCUGCAAAGAUCCAGCAAAUCGUAUCACCCUGCAGGCUGUAGGUGAGCAUCCUUGGGUUGCUGGGGACCAGGGGCCAGUUGUUGAAUACUUCUGUAGAUGUGGGUUUGGCCGAAGAAAGAGAGAUGAUCUUAAGGGAGAAGUACAAUAGCAAAGGCUUGUUCACAGUUUAUCAUCCGAUGGUUUACUGUAGAUAGGCGAUGAGUGUGGCUAAACAAAGAAAGUGAGAUGAUCGACAAACCGUGUUACUCUUUUUUGUGUUCUUCCUCCCUUUACCGAUUGACCUGUUGGUUGCUCGCCUCACCACCUCUGCAAGUUUUGUUGCCUAACCGAGGGAGCCCCUGUUUCCAUUUUUCUGUAGAUCAAUUUUGGCUGCUGCAACAUGUAAGCUUUUUUCAUUUGGUUGUUGAAUCCAGUAUAGCAACCAUUCAUAGAAAAUAUAGUGCAAAAUUCUUUGUGAAGGCUGUAGUCGGUGUUAGCAAUUCAUGAGCACCGAGUACAGAUGGGUGCAGGCUGAUCUGCGGGUACCCUUAAAAGUGAGAUUUAGUUUAUUUUAGUUUUAGUUGAACUAUGGUGGGUUGGAAGAUGUGGCCAGCACCAUCCUAUAUUAGAUUUUACUUAAGACUCAUCCAUUCAUGGUGAGUGAAUCUCUUGUCAACGGAAAUUGCUGUAAGUUACUGCAUAUUUUCCGUAAGGAAGCUUACUGCAAUUACAGGCUUACAGCAGUUGAUGUGUUUAUGUGUGUAAUUAUGUAUUAUACACAGUAUACACCAGUUAAUGGAGAGGUAAGACGGCAUACAA